UCCCAUCACUAGUGUUGAUGCCAUUUGUUUACAAAAAAAGACGCGCUGCGAAUGCGAAAAUGUGUUUCGUGCUCGCUCCAAAAUAAAUUCACAUUUUACAAUGAAAAAUGAACCCCAAACGUGUCGCUUGUGCUUGCGCAGUUCGUUCCGUGGUCGCAAAAUUGCCAUCUCGAACGGAGACUUUCAACAGAAGCUAAAAGCUGUGUUUUCGUUCGAUAUUGCGCCAGCUGAAAAUCUCCCGGCCGAUGCAUGCCGUGGAUGCCGAGAAACGGUCGAACAGUUCUACGAGUACAGUGAGAAAGUUCGAGCCAACCAGGACAGUCUGCAAGCUUCGAUUACCGCCGCUGGAGCUGAUCCUGACGGGAAGGUGAAGAAAGAAUCGCCAGCGAAAGUCGCUUCCGAAGCGAAUGUACACACAGACCCUGCCGACAGCAUCGUGCAGGUUGAGAAAUAUCAUAUUGAGCUGCUGAAGGUAGAACCAUGCCUUCCCGCGGCGAAACAGACAAGUGAUCAGCACGAUGAACCGGUUGUGGAGUAUUUGUCGGAAAGUUUAGUCAAAGCAGAAUCGAACGAUAGUUUAAAUUAUGACGAUGAUAACGGUGACGUGCUAGAAGACACUGAACCAGUACGGGAAGAGCCCACGACCGACGAAGACAAAGGCAAACAGAACAACACACCACAGCGGCGCAAGAGGGAAAACCGGCCCCGGGAGGAGGAUGAAGAGCUGCUGCGCAAACAUUUCCAUCUGGGGUGUGAAAAGUGCCCCUUCAAGGCGGAAACGGUGGCGGCACUGUUUCACCAUUACCGCCUGGACCACCAAACACCCGGCUACGUCGAGUGUUGCAAUCGCAAGUUUUUCCGGCGCGCACGGCUCCUCGAGCAUCUGGGCGCACACUUGGGAUCGAUCGUGUGCGACGUGUGCGGCAAAGUGUUCCGGAACGUGUGCUCGCUCAAUCUGCACAAGCUGGACCACGAGCAGCCGAAGCACGCGCGGCAGUACAAGUGCGAGCGGUGCAACUAUUCCUUCCACAAGCUGUACCACCUGAAACAGCACCAGAAGCGCCACGAGCGGUUACGGUGCACCGUCUGCGAUAAGGUGCUGGCCGGCGAGCAGGGGCUGAAGACGCACAUGCAGAAAGUGCACGGCACGGACAACACACAGAUCUGCCCCACCUGUGGCAAGGAGUUCCGCUGCCUGCUGGCCAUGAAGCGGCAUAUCCGGGCGCACCUGGGCAUCGUGACGGUCGAGCGGGUGCAGUGCGACCAGUGCGCGAAGUGGUUCGACAGCAAGCUGAACCUGCGCAACCAUAUCAAGGGCGUGCACGAUGGGGCCGGCCCGAUCCAGUGCGACGAGUGUCAGCACGUCAGCCCGAACCGGCGGGCACUGACGAACCAUAAGCUGCGGACGCACGGCCGCAAGCAGACGUUUGAGUGCGAGCACUGCGGGAAGAAGCUGAACACGAAGCUCACGCUAAAGGAGCACAUGGCCACGCAUACGAACAUUCCGCUCUACUCGUGCGAGUUCUGCGGCAUCACGUUCAAUUCCAACGCGAACAAGUACGUGCACCGGAAGAGCAAACAUCCGCAGGAAUGGGAAGCGAUGAUGCAGCAAAAGCUCAUGCAGCGAAUGGGUCCAGCUGCAAUAUUGUCGGAAUCAUUUCGGUACGCAAAAAUGAGUGAAAGAUGUCGCCUUUGUCUGGGAAGUUUAUCGUCCACCGGGCCGAAGUUAUCGAUACGCGACGCUGAAUUUCAAGAGGAGCUAAAAACGGUGUUUCAUUUCGAUAUAAUCCACGAUACGGCGCUUCCGGAACACGUGUGCAAUGAAUGCAGAAGUACCGUGUCUUACUGCCACUCGUACUGCCUACAGGUUCAGGCCAAUCAGCUCCAACUGCUCGGGGAGGCGAACGAAAAUGUCCUUAAGCCGGUGGAAAAUGUUAUGGUGGAAUUACUAGUCGAAGAGGAUGACUGUACCAAGACGGAAAAGCAUUUACAGAAGGAAGAGCUGGCUGUGAAUCAAGAGGCAACUAUGUGUUUGGAGGACCGGGAAGGAUUGAGCGUAGACGAGGAUUGCGUUCGAGGGAAGAACGAUAAACAGCGACGACGAGCGUGCAAAAGUAUUAAAAACAAGCCCGAUCUACAAAAAGAGACCGAAAAUCAGGACACGUCCUCAAAAGAAUUAUCACAAGCUAAACAGCUAGAGAACGAUAAAAUCAUAACCCAAUUCUUCACUCUAGAGUGUGAGAUCUGUGCGGCAACGGCGGAAAGCUUCGUCCAGCUGCUGGACCACUACCGAACCGCGCACAAAACGAAAGGUUACGUGCGAUGCUGCGGUAAGCAGUUCUUUCGUCGAUACAUUCUGGUAGAUCACAUUGCAGCGCACCGCGGCACGAUACGGUGCGAAAUUUGCCAUAAAACGUACAAAACGAAACGCUACCUGGCGCUACACUUUGCCAAAAGUCACAGCGGCGAAACGGAUCGACCGUUCAAGUGCGGCAAGUGUCACGUGUCCUACCCGAAGCAGUAUUUGCUGCGGGCGCACGAACUGAUGCACGUCCAGCAGCAGUGCCAUAUCUGCGAGAAGGUUCUCUCCAACACUCAGUCGCUGAAGGUGCACAUCGCCCAGAUGCACGGCGGCGAUGGGCAUCACAUCUGUGACACAUGCGGGAAGGUGUUCCGCACCAAACCGGCCAUGGAGCGGCACAUCAACGAGCAUAUGGGGGUGGACGUGGUAGAACGGCUGCAGUGCGACCACUGCCAGAAAUGGUUCAGCGGGAAGUACAACCUGCGCAAGCACGUGCGCUUUAUGCACCUGGAGGGCGGGCAGGUAUUUCGGUGCGAGCUAUGCCCGCACGAAAGCCCCAAUAGUCGGGCACUGGCGAACCACAAGCUGCGAGUGCACGUGGAGGAACGGUUUGAGUGCGAGUACUGUGGCAAGCGGUUCAAACGGCGGCCCAACUUGCGGGAACACAUCGCAUCGCACACGAACAUGCCGCUUUACUCGUGCGAGAUAUGCCAGAAUCGAACGUUCAACUCGAAGGCCAACUACUUUACGCAUCGAAAACACAAGCAUCCGCAGGAAUGGGAGGCUCAGAAGCGGUUGCGGACGGAGCGGGAAAUGAGCAAAAAUUAAUUUAUCAAUAAAAUCGUUUUAAUAAUUCACAAAGUGUCCGAUAAAGACACUGUUCAAAAGGUAAA